AUGGUGUGGGCUAAUGGUGUUAUGAAGUGGUGUGGACCCAAAGGUUGUGCAGUGGUGUGGCCAAAGGAUGUGGGAGCUGUAGUGGCAUUAAUGGUGCCCACAAUCAACUCUUACUUCUGCGAGGUGAGUGACCCCCGUCACCGGGGCACUGUGACCAGUUUGGCCGGUUUCUGGGGCUCACUGGGCCUCUUGUUGUGUUACCUGCUGGGGUGCUUCGUGCGCUGGUACACAGCUGCCUGGAUCAUUCCCCUCGUCACCAUCGUUCCAAGCUUCCUGGGCCUUAUGGUGGCGCUGGAGUCUCCGUCCUGGCUCUUAAGGAAGGGAAGAAAAGCAGAAGCAGUAACCAACUUGCAUCGACUACGAAGCUCAUCGGAAGUAGCAAAGAAAGAGUUGGCAGAUAUUGAGAAAUCUUUAACUAAAAAUACAAAUUCAUUUUUCCAGUCAUUAAAGUUAUUAAAGAAAAGGGAUAAAUUUAUACCGAUCUUAAUAUCAAUUUUUAUGUUUGUAACGAGAGAAUUUUCUGGAAUUGCUGCUAUUGCUAUAUACAUAGUUAAUUUUUUCAAAAUUGCUGGAGUCGGUCUAAACCCAUUUUGGAGUUCAGUUGUGGUAGGAUCUGCUCGCAUGGCGGGUAACUUCCUGGGAGCAGUUCUGCUUCGCCAUCUUUCCCGCAGGUAUCUCCUGGUUGGUGGCGGCUGUCUCAGCUCUGCGGCCUUGGCAGCACUCGGAACCUUCUAUUUCCUACAGGACAAAGGGCAUGACCUGUCCCAGUUGAAUUGGUUGCCACUAAUGUCCUUCGUGUUUUAUGCCUUGGGAAUAACAGUAGGAAUAACGCCGGCGAGCUACCUGGUAGUUUUAGAGAUCAUUCCCGGCCCUGUUCGCGCCCUGGGUUUGGGAAUUGCCACAACAACGUAUGCCCUUAGUGCCUUCCUCGUUGUCAAGACGGUUAACGACGCGCAGACGGUACUGGGCAGUUGUGGUUUGUUUUGGUCAUACUCUGCCGGCUGCGCCAUCAUUGUACUAUUUGUUCUCAUUUUUGUACCAAAACCCCGUAAACGAUCACCUGAGGAUAUAGAAAAUUAA